GUCAGCGUGGCGUCCUACCGGGCGGGAAACUCGAAGAGGAGGGCCGACGACGCCUUCUCCGCUGGUGAGUGGGGCAGCGGUCGUCGUCUCUCGAGACCUCGCGACAUUACGGCCUGGUUUCUCGGUCCCAACAGAGCCUGGCCUUUCCCUCUGAGCCUCCGUGCCCUCAACCUCAGCUUCUUUAACUGUCUAGUCGCAGGAUAAUACCUACAGUAAUUUAACUGAAGAAGACUGGUCAGAAUGAUUUCCAAAAGGAAACUGUCACUGUCAGAGGAUAAAGAGAGCCUAACAGAAGACGCCUCUGAAGCCAGGAAGCAGCCACUUUCCAAAAAAACAAAGAAAUCUCAUGUUCACAAUGAAGUUGAAGAAAAUGACAAUGUCUUUGUAAAGUUUCUUAAGGCAUCAGGAAUUACUCUUAAAACAGGAGAAAGUCAGAACCAACUAGCUGUGGAUCAAAUCGUUUUCCAAAAGAAGCUCUUUCAGACUCUGAGGAAACAUCCUUCUUAUCCCACAAUAAUAGAAGAGUUUGUUAGCGGCCUGGAGUCUUACAUUGAGAACCAGGACAGUUUCAGGAGCUGCCUUUUGUCUUGUGAACGUCUGCAGGAUGAGGAAACCAGCACGGGCACAUCUUACUGUAAGAGCCUCAUUAAAUUGCUUCUGGGGAUUGACAUAUUACAGCCUGCCAUUAUCAAAGUCUUAUUUGAAAAGUUGCCAGAGUUUCUUUUUGAAAAAGUGAACAGUGAUGGAAUCAGCAUGCCUCGACUCAUCAUCAAUCAGCUGAAGUGGCUGGACCGAGUUGUGGAUAGUAAGGAUCUUACCACCAAGAUCAUGCAGCUGAUCAGUGUUGCUCCGCUGUGCCUACAACAUGACUUUGUCAUCAGCCUACCUGAGAUCCUAGGGGAUUCCCAGCAUGCUGAUGUGGGGAAAGAGCUCAGCGACCUCCUAACAGAGAAUACUCUGCUCACCGUCCCAAUCUUGGAUGUCCUUUCUAGCCUCCAACUUGAGUCAAAGCUCCUGACUAAGGUCCGCCAGUUAGUGAUGGGUAAGCUGUCAUCUGUCAGUUUGGAUGACUUACCUGUGAUCAUCAAAUUCAUUCUUCAUUCCAUAACCCCCACAGAUGCGCUUGAGGUAAUUUCUGAGCUUCGAGAGAAGUUGGAUCUGCAGCACUGUAUUUUGCCUUCACAGUUCCAGGUUUCUCUAAGCAGGUUGAGAAAUAAAGGACAAACAAGUUUUUCAGGAAAUCAAGAAAAUAGCGGUCAAGACUGUGUUACUCUUCUCUUCGAUGUAAUAAAGUCAGCUAUUAGAUACGAGAAAAUCAUUUCAGAAGCCUGGAUUAAGGCAAUUGAAAGGACCCCCUCGGAGGGUGAACACAAGAUUUUUGACCUGGCAAUGCUUCUCAUCAUCUAUAGCACCAACACUCAGACAAAGAAGUACAUUGAGAGGGUGCUAAGAAAUAAGAUUCGAUCAGGCUGCUUUGAAGAAGAUCUGCUACAGGGUACAUUCUAUAUUCAUUACUUGGUUCUUAAGGAUGUUUGUCCAUCCAUUUUGUCACUGGCUCAGAGUUUGUUGAACUCCCUAGACCAGAGCAUAAUUUUGUUUGGCAGUCUUCUAUACAGAUAUUCUUUUAUGUUUUUUGACACUUACUGCCAGCAGGAAGUGAUUGGUGCCCUAGUGACCCAUGUGUGCAGUGGAAAUGAAGUUGAAGUUGAUGCUGCAUUGGAUGUCCUCCUCGAGUUGGUAGUUGUAAGCCCAUCUGCUAUGAGGCUGAAUGCUGUCUUUGUGAAGGGCAUUUUGGAUUAUCUGGAUAAUAUGUCCCCUCAGCAAAUACGAAAACUCUUUUGUAUUCUCAGCACACUGGCAUUUAGCAAAGAACAUGAAGCCAGUAGUCACAUCCAGGAUGACAUGCACCUGGUGAUACGAAAACAGCUCUCUAGCACUGUAUUCAAGUACAAGCUUAUUGGUAUUAUUGGUGCUGUCACCAUGGCUGGCAUCAUGGCAGCAGAUAGUAGAUCUUCUAAUUUGACCCCAGGGAGUGGAGAGCUGAGCAGUGAACAGUGUACCCAGGUGAUCUCCUUGCUACAGUUGGUUCAUUCCUGCAGUGAACAAUCUCCUCAGGCCUCUGGACUUUAUUAUGAUGAAUUUGCCAACCUGAUCCAUGGAAGGAGGCUAGCUCCAGAAGCCCUGGAAUGGCUUGGGCAGACCAUCUUUAAUGAUUUCCAAGAUGCAUUUGUGGUGGAUGCCUGUGUUGUUCCAGAAGGUGAUUAUCCAUUUCCUGUGAAAGCACUCUAUGGACUAGAAGACUACGAUAGUUGUGAUGGGAUUGUCAUCAACCUCCUGCCACUGUUGUUCUCUCAGAACUUUGUGAAAGAUGGGAGUACACUGACUUCACAGGAAUCAGACCAAAAAUUGGUUUCUCCAUUAUGCCUGGCUCCCUAUUUCCGGUUACUGAGACUUUGUGUGGACAGACAACAUAAUGGAAGCUUGGAGGAGAUUGAUGGUUUAUUAGAUUGUCCUUUAUUCCUCACUGACCUGGAGCCUGGAGAGAGACUCCAGUCCAUGUCUGUUAAAGAGCGUUCGUUCCUGUGUUCACUCAUAUUUCUUACUCUCAACUGGUUCCGAGAGGUUGUAAAUGCCUUCUGUCGGCAAAAGUUGCCCGAGAUGAAGGGGAAGGUGCUCACCCGGUUAAAGCACAUUGUAGAACUGCAGCAACUCCUGGAAAAGCACUUGGCGGUCACCCCAGACUAUGUUCCUCCCCUUGCAAACUUUGACUUGGAAACUUUAGAAGUAACACCUCAUACCAGUACGGCCGUUUCAGCAAAAAUCAGAAUGCAAGGAAAGACAGGAGGAAAGAAACGAAAAGCAGAUGGCGGCAAGACAUCCUCCCCUGAUGUGCUUUCAAAGGAGGAUAGUUCAGAAUGUGACCCUACACUAGCUGAGAGGAGCCAACAGGAAAAGGAAUUCAAAGGGAAAGAAGAAAAGACAUCAGUGUCAUUACAGAAUUACCACGCUUUUUUCCGUGAGCUGGACAUUGAGGUCUUCUCUAUUCUGCGUUGUGGGCUUGUGACCAGGUUCAUCUUAGAUACUGAAAUGCACACCGAAGCUGCAGAAGUUGUGCAACUUCAGCCCCCUGAACUGCUUUUCUUGCUGGAAGAUCUCGCCCAGAAGCUGGACAACAUGCUAACACCUGUGACCAGGAGAGUCCCCUUCCUCAAGAGCAAAGGAAACCGGAAUAUUGGAUUCUCACAUCUCCACCAGAGAUCUGCCUCAGAAAUCGCGUUUAGGGUUGUUCAACUGCUGAACCCCAUGUGUAACCAUCUGGAGAACAUUCACAACUAUUUUCAGUGCUUAACUGCUGAGAAUCAUGGUGUAGUUGAUGGACCCGGAAUUAAAGGUCAAGAGUGCCACAUAAUGUCGUCCUGCUACCUGAGGCUCCUGCAGAUUUUUCAUGGGCUUUUUGCUUGGAGUGGAUUCUGUCAAGUUCAAAAUAAUAAUUUACUAUACUCAGCCCUUGGGAUCCUUACUAGCCGACUGAAGCCAGGAGAGCAUGACCAAUCCAUGGAGGAGCUGCUCAGACAGAGCUUCCAUUACUUGCAGAAUUUCCAUGCCAGCAUUCCCAGUUUCCACUGUGCUCUUUAUCUCAUUAGACUUUUGAUGAUCAUUUUGGAGAAAUCUACAGCUUCUACUGAGAACAAAAGACAAAUUGCUUCCCUGGCCAAACAGUUCCUCUGUCGAGUGUGGCCUAAUGGAGAGAAAGAGAGGAGCAGCAUUCCUAAUGACCAGCUCCAGGCUUUGCUUGGCAUCUACCUGGAGCACACAGACAGUGUACUGAAGGCCAUAGAGGAGAUUGCUGGGGUUGGUGUUCCAGAGCUGAUCAACUCUCCUAAAGAAGCCUCUUCUUCCACAUUCCCUACACUGACCUGGACCACGUUUGUCAUUUUCUUCCGAGUAAUGAUGGCUGAACUAGAGAAGACAGUGAAAGGUCUUCAGGCUGGAACAGCAGCAGAUUCACAGCAGAUUCAUGAAGAGAAGCUCCUCUACUGGAACAUGGCUGUUCGAGACUUCAGUAUCCUCAUCAACCUGAUAAAGGUGUUUGAUAGUCGUCCUGUUCUGUUUGCAUGUUUGAAGUACGGGCGUCUCUUUGUGGAAGCAUUUCUGAAGCAGUGUAUGCCGCUCCUAGACUUCAGUUUUAGAAAACACCGGAAAGAUGUUCUGAGCUUACUGGAAGCCUUCCAGCUGAGCACGAGACUGCUUCAUCACCUGUGUGGGCAUUCCAAGAUUCGCCAGGACACAAAACUCACCAAACACGUGCCUUUGCUCAAAAAGACCCUGGAACUGUUAGUUUGCCGAGUGAAAGCCAUGCUUAUCCUCAACAAUUGCAGAGAGGCUUUCUGGCUGGGCAAUCUUAAAAAUCGGGACUUGCAGGGUGAAGAGAUUAUAUCCCAGAAUUCCCAGGAGAGCACUGCAAAUGAGAGUGAGGGUGAGACAUCAUUCCAGGUCUCAGAGAGCCAAGGAGCAGAGGGUGGCGAAGAAGAUAAAGCAAGUGAUGGAGAAAAGGAGCGAGAGAGUGAUGAAGAUGAGAGUGAUGAUGACUCUGAUUAGGCUACAGAAAGGUGCUCCUUCCCCGUCUUUGCCAGCCACUCACCACAGUGUUCAGGGUUACAGAUGCUACCGGUCUGCCUUUCUGACUGCAAGCAUCCUAUUUUGUCCUUAAAGAGGGAGUUCCAUUGAAUCAACUCAAUUGUGGAUUUCACGGAUUGUCUACUAACGUUACAGAUGGUGGCUUAAUGUCUACUCUGUUAAAGACGAACGUAGCAUUGCUUACCCAUUUGGGUGAACACGGCAGAACAGUCAUAAUUCUAGGCUUUGGGAGCUAGUUUUGAAACUCUGUAUUUAUUCUACAAUUUAAGCUUGUACCAGUUUUCAAAUAAAUUCUAAGUUCUGCCUCA